UUUUUUUCAAACUUAUGGAUCCCACCUCUCAGCCUAUUAGUCAAAAAGUCACUAAAAUCUCGGGUACUGUAACCCCUCCUCGAUCCCCUCUCUCUCUCCCUUACCCAUUUCCCUUUCAUACCAUACCAACAUACACAACAAAGCUCAAUCACCACCAUUGUUGUUAAACAUAAUGCAGCACCCUCUAAAACACCACCUUACCCUAACCCUUUUAGCAUUAACCUCACUUUCUCACUUCCCACCAGCUUCCCCCCUCACCCCAUGCCGCACCUUAUGUGGCACCACCGCCAUAAACUACCCUUUCAGCAUCGACGAUGGCUGUGGCGCCCCACAAUACCGCUCAAUGCUGAACUGCACAGGUACCGACCUGUUUUUCAUGACCACUUCGGGGCGGUACAAAGUCCAAUCAAUCGACUACAACAAACAAACCAUGGUGGUUUACGACCCUGCCAUGUCGACAUGUUCCAUUCUUCAACCCCACCAUGAUUUCGUUAUGACGGACGUUGAAUCCGUCGUGAUACCGCCUAGUUCCGACACCAUUUUUGCCCUUCUCAAUUGUUCUAUCGACUCGCCGGUGCUUAACCGGUACAAGAACCUUUGUUUUAACUUCUCAGGGCAUUCGUGUGAUGAGCUUUACGGUGGGUGUAAUGCUUUUAGGGUGUUCCAUUCGUUUACUAAUAGUUCGCCGCCGUGUUGUUUCACGGGGUACGAUACGGUGAAGUAUAUGAGCAUGAAUAUAUUGGAUUGCUCGCAUUAUACUAGUUUUAUUAAUGUUGAUGGUUUGAAGGGGAUUGGACCGGCGGAUUGGGUUUACGGGAUGAAAUUGUCUUACGCCGUGCCGGACACCGGUUGUGGGAGGUGUACUCGGUCCGGCGGUGCUUGUGGUUAUGAUACCGAGACUGGUGUCAUGAUGUGCCUGUGCUCUACUUCCAUGAAUGCUACGAGAGAAUGUGGUAGCAAUGGAGAUAUAGGAGGUGCUCAAAAGUUGGCAUUGCGGACAAAGUUUCAUGCAUUUGCCUUGGUGGUGGGUGCAUUGAUUUACUAUGUAAUAUUCAUAUGAACAAUGAAUAUAGUGGCUGUAUGUUUUCUUCUUCUUAUAGUUACUGGUGCUCCAAAGAAAGUGACCAGGCCAUUCUUGUGGAGGGUUGAUUGGUUUGUAUCCAAAUUUUGUACCUAUUUAAACAUUAAUCUCAUUAUAGGUUAUUAUCAUA